UAUACAAACUGGAACAUACCUUAAAACCUACAGUACACCUCUGAGAUACAUACUGGUUUCACCCUGUUGUUCUGUUUUCUUCAGAUAUUUGAGCCAUGAAACUGUUCAUUACUCUGGUUCUCAGCGCUCUUUCUUUCUCCACAGUGCAUGCACUGAGAUGUCACCAUUGCAAAUACAAAUACAAUUCAUCUGAAGAAUGCAAACAGAAUCUUACAAAAUGUCCUCUUCAGUGUGGCUCCGUCACCAUAUACAACAAUGGCAAAACAUUAGAUAACAGUAAGAAGAACUGCACAGAUCCUGCCUUGUGUGUUACUGACGGCAUACAUUUUGGACAAAGCGAAACAUUGUUUAAUCCCCAGUGCUGUGAUACUGACCUCUGCAACACUGAAGAGGCACCAGCAUUGCCACGAUUUUCCAUUGGGAUGACGUGUUACUCUUGUAACAUACUUGAUAGAGACUGCUCAAAAACUGUGACUUGUUCAGAUGACCAGAACAAGUGCUUCAGUAUAACAGAAAAAAUAACUGGCAUAAAAACUAAAGGUUGUGGGAACGACAUUAUCUGUGAGAACAACAUAUUAAAUACUCUGGGGUCUGUAGCUGGAGCUCAGACGACAUGCUGUGCGGGAAUUCUGUGUAACAGUGGUCAGUGCUUGAAACAGAGUCUCUUCCUGCUGCUGGUGCCACUUCUUGCUGUUUUUUCCUUCUGAGAUGUAUCCUGGUUUCACUUCUCUGGAUUUGUUUGUACUUUGUAGACAUCCAGUAAGACACUGUUGUAGUAAAUGAAGUACGUUUCUGUAUAAUCAUGAUGGUGCAACUUCUUUUUUUUACUUUCGCUACUGGUUUUGGUAAGGGGAAACCUUCUUGGCAACUGAAGAUCAUUAUUUCUUUCUUUAUUUAAAAAUAUGCUGUCUUUUAUUCUCUAGGGGGUAGAUGGGGUACACCUAGAAAAGUAAAUAUUAUAAACAAUAUAUAGGCUACUUAAAUUAUCUAUUUGUAUAUAUUGCGUCUACACUAACUAAUUGGAUGUGACAAAGUGACCUAAAUAUAAAAAUCCACCAUAAAAAUGAAAAAUGAA